UACCUGCACCCUCGACGCACCGUCGCCCCUGUGCCUUGUCUGUGCCUGUGCUGGUGCUGCACUCGACACGUCCACACACACUCUCUCUCCCUCUCCAACACAUCGACACACACACACGCCCUUCGCCUCCGUCAGCACUGGCUUCGGCACCGAGUAAGAUCACAUCACGGCCAAAAACUCUGCACGCGCUGGCCCGCCCAGCCAGCCCAGCCAACCCACAGCACUAGCCCACUAUGCGCACUCGGCCCCGGAGCCUCUGUGCCGUCCAUCCUCCCCAACUGUCCAUGGAAUCAUGCGGAGAAGCGGCGCCACAACAAGGCCAAACUGCACCUGUUUGCUCCUGUGCUCCCUGACUCCCUUCCCGCCCUCAUAACCCCCCUCGACCCUCGCCCACCGUCGACUCGCCCUCUCCGCCUCAGCCAUGGUAAAAGUGUUGAGCCCCAUCUGUGA